UGUAAACACAAAAUACGCCUCAUCCCUCGUCGGAUAAGAGUCACACAGUGGACUGAAUUGGUGAGAUUAACCCGAAUAGCCGUUGUUGGCCCGCGAAAACGCUCCGUGUCCGUCGUGAGUAAUAUGCGUUAAGGCGCAGACAGGCGACGCCAUGGACUUCUACAUCAACCUGAAGGUGAAUUUCAGAGGAAAUUCCAAGAAUUUCCUGCUGUCGGGAUCCGAGACCAAGAGCUGGGAGUCGAUGGAGGCCAUGGUGAAGCGUUCGUUUGGCCUGUGCAGUCUUCAGCUGACCUACUUCGACGAGGAGAAUGAAGAGGUGUCCAUUAACAGCCAAGUGGAGUACGAGGAGGCGCUGAAGAGUGCAGUGAGGCAGGGGAACCGUCUGCACAUGAACGUGUACGAGACUCGGGGCCAGCCAGCAAGGGUCUCCACCACCAAGGCUAGUGGAGCAGAGCCCAAGAGGGGCUUCAGACCCCCACAGCACUGUCCUACUCUAGCCCAGGUGGUUAGUCGCAAGGUCCAGGCUGCAGUGCCAGAACAGGGCAUGCAGGUGAUCAUGAAAGAAGUAAAAGGGGCCAAAGAAGAAGACAAGACUCCUCCAGCCUGGUUUACCUCUUACAUGGAGAAGUUUAAGGACCAGGUGGUUCGCGAGGCGGUGGAGAAGAUCUGCCGGGAAUUCUCCGGACAGUGCUGCAUCCAUAAGCCUUUGGGGGGCGGAGGAGGAGGGGGAGCAGUGGGAGGCAGAGGGGAAACGGUUGGAGGAGCAGAGGCCCAGCAAGUCCCUGAGAUUUCCUCCUCCACUUUACCCGGAGCGCCAUCCUCCUCCUCCACUCCUCCCUGCUCGUCCUGUAGGGGGCAGACUACAGGGGGAGGCUACCAGUGCAGUGUGUGUACAGCCUGUACUCUGUGUGAGCCCUGCAGUUUCUCUCAUGAUCCCAGUCACAACCUGGUGAGAGCCAGGACUCCUCUGUCCAUCCCGGAGCAUGGAUCACCUGCACCAGACCACAGCAGGUUUUACAGGCGAGGCGACCGCAGUUUCCGGAAGGCGGAGAAGCAGCGGCUGAAAGCAGAGAAGCGCCUGCUGAAAGCUGAGGUCAAAGAGAUCAGGAAACAGCUGAGGAUGGAGAGGCGGGGCUUACAGUGGAGCUCCUCCCACCGAGAUGGAAGCUCCUCCCCCGUGCUCCUGCAGCCUCGAGCCACCCAGCAUAACAGCCCUGAGCGUCCAAAGCGUCCCUGUCCACUGGUGGUUCCAACCAUGACUGCUGCAUUUCUGGACGAGAACCUUCCCGACGGAACCCGACUGCGUCCUGGGACCAAGUUCAUCAAGUACUGGAAGAUGAGGAACACUGGAACAAUCGGCUGGAGCCCCGAUACUAAGCUGAAGUUCAUGUGGGGAAACUUGGCGGUGGGAUCUGGGGACCGCUGGAGAGAAGUGUCUGUUCCCUUUCUCCAGCCAGGACAGGUCGGCAUAGUGAGCGUGGCUCUAUGUGCUCCCACUGUGGAGGGCUCCUACACCUCCCACUGGCGUCUGGCCCACGCCGGAGAGCAGUUUGGACCCAGGGUCUGGUGCAGCAUUGUGGUCGACCCUCUGGCCCCGGCCCCUAUGAUGGUCGAUGGGAUACUGGUGUCCCCCUGUGUCACGCCACAGGGGAAGAACCCAGUGGCAAAGGAUGGGAAAGCCUGUGCAGCUUCGAGGGAGCAACCUCUCAUGUCUGUGGACCAAGAAGAAUACUACAUCCCUUCUGUUGACCUGCUCACUGCACAGGAUCUUCUGUCUUUUGAGUUAUUGGAUAUCAACAUCGUCCAAGAGUUGGAGAGUGUCCCAAAUAACACUCCUGCUGACAUGACUCCCUGCAUGUCUCCUCUGCCUCAAGAGGGCCACCUGCAGGACAAGAGUAGUCCCUCUUUGGGUCUGAUCCAGGAAGAGACAGAAGUUAUCAAUAGCAUCAUGGAUGUCCCACAUGGUGCAGGAUCUGGAGCUGAAGGUGGCGGAGUCCCAGCUCAGGAGGAAGGCGAGGAUGACAUCAGCGGGACUCAGUUUGUUUGUGAGACGGUGAUUCGCUCCAUGACACUGGAGGAGCCCCCUGACCAUGCCCCUUUAAGAGGGUCCCGCCCAGGUACUGGUAAAGUGGUGCGUCCAGCAGCUCAGGGCGGCUCCUGCACCAAGAGCAAAGUGGAAGAAAGCCCAGACAGCAGCCCCGGCAGCUCCAAAAGCCCCCUCAAACCACCUGCUACGCUCAAAGCUUCCCUCCCAUCACCGCUGAAAGCCUCCCUGCCCGCUCCCCUGUCUGUGGCCCCGACCACAGGGCUCGGCCCCAGCUCAGCACCGACCCCACUCCACGCUCUAUCCAGAGCCUCCACACUGCAGGAGCACAUAGCCACAGGUGAAAGCGAGGAUCCUGACAUGGAGAACAUCUGUGUGGAGUCCACAGCGAAGGACAGCGAGAAGGAGCCAGAGGAAGGGAAGGAGAAAGAAGGAGAGGAAAAGAGGAGUCGCUCCUCCUCCACCUCCUCAGAGGAUUACAUCAUCAUCCUCCCUGACUGCUUUGACACCAGUCGGCCACUGGGGGAGUCCAUGUACAGCUCUGCUUUGUCCCAGCCUGGCGACAUCCCUGCCAAGACCCCCACAGACCCUGACAACCCAUCUUCUGAGCAGCUGGGCAGCACCACCUCUGAUGGGGAGCUAGGCGAAGCGGAUGAAGGCGGUGCAGCCGCAGAGACGGGCAUGUCAGGUGCCAGCAGUGCCAAUGACAUGCUGUGUACCUCUCAGACGCUGGAUGACGAGCCACUGACACCUGAGGUGGUGGCACCGCCUAAAGCCAUCGUCACACCAAGUCCAGAGAGCAGCGGAGAAACAGACGUUGAUGCUGCUGCUGCUGCUGCAGGAGGAGAAGCUGAAGACUCUGAACUGUACCAAACUGAGGAUGCCUCUGGUCCUGAAGAAACCCGGACAGAUGCUGCUGAAGCUACUGAAGACACAGAGGAAGAAAACCCUGAAGACCCCAGGCAUCCAGGCAUCACCAGCGGUCUGGUGAAGGGAGCUCUGUCAGUAGCUGCUUCUGCCUACAAAGCCCUGUUUACUGGACAAGGACCCACACAGCCACCAGUGGACGCGUCGACCCAGGACACCAUGAUGGCCGUGCUGGUAGAGAUGGGUUUCGGGGACCGUCCGCUCAACCAGCGGCUGCUGAAGAAACAUAACUACAACCUGCUGGAUGUGGUCAACGAGCUCGUUCAGAUGACCGACAAUGAUUGGUACUCCACACGCUACUGACCAGAGAGAGAGGACAUGGAGGAAGAAGAACAAAAAAAGGAGAGAGAAGGAGGUGAAAGAAAAAAUUGAUCGAUGAAGACAGAAGAGGAAGAGGCGAGACUGGAAGAGAGCAUUUGAUUUCUGCUCAUCUACCUUUUUAACCUUCCUCCUUCUGCCCAUCUCUGCUCUGAUUGGUCCAAUUGGAUGGAGAUCAAUCUACUCUAUGACCAUAUAAGGAGACAUUCCAGCAAACUCUUUGGGAUACUGUACUAGACCAUUAAAUACCCACUGUCUGUAAUAUUACAUUCAGCAUAGGCCUUGAUAGUGGCAGGUCAACUACUUUGCAAAGGAAGUUAAGAGAGAUGAAGAAUGUGACUCUCAAAGGAGCUAUGUGUAGCAUUCGCUAAAAGACCACAUAUCCCAUGAGCCUUGCUGCAGCCUAC